AUGGUUCAGACAGUUGAAAGAGAGCGCCUGAGUAUACUCAUAGUUGGGGCAGGCCUCAGUGGCCUUGCGGCCGCCAUCGGUUGCUCGACUGGCGGGCAUUCAGUGGAUGUGAUUGAGCAAGCCCAAGAACUCACAGAGGUCGGUGCCGGUCUGCAGAUCACACCCAAUGCCACCAAGAUCCUGGGUCAAUGGGAGCUUCCGCAGUCGUUCUGGCAAGCAACAGCAGAACCGAAGACCUUGAGCGUGCACCGUUAUUCUGGCGAACUCCUGGCGCAUGAGGAAGAUUUCCACGGCAAAAUGAGACGAAAAUACGGUGCCCCUUUCCUGGACAGUCACCGUGCCGACCUACAGCAGGCGCUAUUUGCGCGUGCGGUUGAUUUAGGUGUAAACUUCCAUUUCGGGCGGCGCGUAGAAACAAUCGACUUUUCGGGGCCCAUGGUGAAGACUGAGUCUGGCGAAACAUACACGGCAGAUCUGAUCAUAGCCGCCGAUGGACUGUGGUCUCGUUGUCGAGAGUGCUUUCUUGGGACCAAGGAUGAUCCUAUACCCACAGGUGACUUGGCGUAUCGGAUCGUGUUGAAGGCUGAGGAGGUUCGGAAUGAGAAGCUUAGGGCUGUCAUUGAGAACCCACAAGUGCACUUUUGGAUUGGCCCGGGUGCUCAUGCUGUGGGCUACUCACUGAAAGCUGGCAAGGCAUACAAUAUUGUUCUACUCGUGCCGGAUGACCUGCCCCCUGGUAUCGCGCGGCAGCCGGGUUCGGUGGAGGAAAUGCGCGAACUCUUCAAGGGCUGGGAUCCCAUUCUUCUUGAAUUUUUGAAAUACUGUGACAAGGCGGAUAAGUGGAAACUCAUGCAUCAUGAAGAAAUGCCGUCUUGGAUAAACGAAGCCUUAAACCUCGUAUUCAUCGGGGAUGCAUGCCACCCAAUGCUGCCAUACCUUGCCCAGGGAGCCAACUCCUCGAUAGAGGAUGGCGCCGUUAUAGGCGGCCUUCUCGCACAUGUCAAGAAAAAGUCCGAUCUGCCAGGUCUUCUCCGGCUAUAUGCAGACCUGCGAAAACCAAGAGGUGAAGCCAUCGCGCUCGAAACGUUCAAACAGAGACGCGACUUUCACUUGCCGGACGGGGAAGAGCAACGUAAACGAGAUGAAAUAUUCAUCUCGCAGCUGGGAAAGGGUCUUCAAGGAGCAUUCCCGAGCCGGUGGACAUGCCCCCAGGUCCAGCCUUGGUUGUAUGGCUACGAUGCGAUGAAAGAAGUCCAGAACGCAGUAAACUCAUCAAGACUAUAA